GAUCCAACAAACAGUUCUACUACUGCACUGCAACACAUUGUUGACGUCACGAUGGCACGCAGGCUUCUGCAGAUGUCAGCAGUGCUGUUGGUGUUGGCAACUACUGAGAGUGCGCCAUCUAUCGGCAGACUUUCUGAAGCGGAAUGGGAGAGUUAUCAUGAAACGAAUCACCAAGGACCUGGCACGUACGCUUUUGGGUAUGACGUGGAAGACCCUGCCAGCGGAAACACACAGUUCCGUCAGGAAGAGCGCCACCCCAAUGGUACAGUGACCGGAAGCUAUGGUGUAAUUGAGCCGGAUGGUAACGUGAGGAUAGUGCGCUACAUUGCCGACAGUAUGGGUUACAGGGCCACAAUGCAGACUACCAAGAAGCGGUUUGGAUCUGCUGGUACUGUGGGCAGUAGAUCACAGGCGAAAAUUACUUACCCACAUUCCUAUAACUCCGUGCCAAGAGGACAAGUAUUGGAGACGCCAUAUGUUGCAGUAAAAGACAAACCAAAUUCAAAAUUUUAUUUUCUAACAAAUAAUCAGAACUAUAUUUAUAAAAAUUAGCACUGUCUCUCAACUUAUUCAGGAAUAUUCAAGUAAUAAAUUAUUUGUUUGCCAUUAUUCACUUUGUGGAGUAUUUUUUGUUAUCUUCAUGCUAACUCAAUGAAGGAGAUUUACUCUUCAAAGGCUAACACUUACUCAACUAACUCAGAAUACAGUCUUCUAUAGAUCCAAAAGUUUUCUCACUGUAUCCACAAUAACCCGUUUCCUUAUAUCUUGAGCAACAUGAAUCCAGUCUUCAGUAUCAUACACUAUUUAAGAUCAAUUUUAGUAUCACCUUUGCAGCUACGAAUGGAAGUCCCGAAAGCACUCUUUUUUCCGGGUUUUAAGAAUACAAUGAUCUAUGUAGUUCUCAACCUCAUAUAUGCGCGCUACAUGCCUAGCCUAUAUUAUUUUCUUUGAUAUGAUAACCGUAAUAAUCACGAUAUUUAUAUGAAAUCGCAAUGUCAGAUAAUUCGUCAGUGAUCCGAAAACCCAGUAUGUAAAUGUACAAAGUGACAGUAAAAGUUUGCCUUACGCAGAAAUAAGUUAACAAUUUCACGUUGUUUAACUUUUGUUUCUUCACAUCUUCCAGCGUCAAGCCGUUUUGAAAAACUAAAAUAAAAAAAAGACUUCCAAUUUCCUAUAAGGUCUAAAACAAGUUUCGAAGGUAAUAAAGAAGUGAAAGGCACUUUAAAAGGAAAAUUUCAUCACUGCUAACUAUAAUUAUUCAUUACAAGGUUUCUAUAAAAACUUCUAAAAGGAAUUCUAUAAAAAUCCGUAUUUCCUGUGGAAAGAAAUUAUAAUUUUACCACAUUUUAGGUUUAUAUUGUGACACACGCCUUGUAUAUUUUGAAGUUUUACAGAUGGCAGACACGAAUAAAUCAAAGAGUCGAUGAGCCAUAAAACCACUUACUGCCCGGCGGAACGCAAACCUAAAGCCGAAUGUAGUUCAUUUGUUCAUUUUUAAAAACCUUACUCUCAACAGUCAGUGCCUAUUAUUAAUUAUCCGUUAAUCCUACCAACAAAACGUAUUUAAUUUCAGUUAUAAAAAAUCUGCUUACUGAAAACUUUGCCUGUUGCUUUACCAUGUGUUGAAGCAAACCAAACAUUGAAAUCCCCUCAUUUUAUUUUUAAAAUGUCCUCCGUGUACUCGCGUUUCUUACAU